AUGUCUAAUUCAACGUCCCGUGGUCUCACAAAACAAGAAAUAGCUAUACCCGCUAUUCUCGGAACAAUUGUUUAUAUAGGUGGUUUUAUAGGCAAUCUUUUAUCAUUGACAAUUUUUAUUCGUACUGAGAUACGUCGAGUUUCAACUGGAUUACUUUUUUUAUUAUUAACUAUAUCAAAUAGUAUUCUAUUAUUAACAUUAAUUGUUGAGUUUAUUGAUGUUGCUUAUAAUGUUCGAUUAUUUCAUUUUGUAUUCAUACGAUGUUGUCUUGUUUAUUGGCUUCAAAAUGUUUUUCGUUCAUUAAGUUCAUUUAUCGCUUGUACAAUUAGUUUAGAUCGUAUGUUUCGUGCAGUUUAUCCAGCACGUGCUAAAUAUUUUUGUACAUGUCGAUUAGCAUAUCGAAUUGUUUUUAUUUAUACAGUUGUUUUUACAUUUUCUCUAGGAUUUUAUUUAUUUCCAUAUAUGGGAGAAGAUUCUAAGGGAAUUUGUUCAACAGAAUUCAAUCCAAUCUAUCAUAAAUUUAUGACUAGUAUAUGGCCACUUAUUCGUACUUUUCUUGUUUGUAUUCUUCCUGUUGCAAUAAUGAUUGUAGCAAAUAUUCGAUUAUGGCGUAGAAUACAAGCAUCAAAACGUCGUGUAGCUCCUCAUACAUCAAAUCAUUAUCAUUCAACAAAUACAGAAAGAAUGCUUCUAUUUAUAGCAAUAUCUAAUGUUUUAGUAUUUAUUAUAACACAAAUUCCAUUUCAUAUGUAUGCAAGCAUUGUGCGUUAUAAACGAUCAAUUGAUCAUGUGCGUACACCAAUGCUUCUUUGGAGUAGUCUUUAUUUUGGUAUUGGUUUUUAUAUUUAUUGUUUAACAUCACGUUAUUUUCGUUCCAAAUUUAUUUCAACAGUAUAUAAGUGUUUAAAAAAGAAGAAUACAACUAGUAUACGGCAGAAUACAAUAUCGCAACGUGUGCCAAAUUAA